AUGGCCGCGCUGCGCAGGCUCUUCCCUUCCCUCAGCAGCGGCUCCAGAUCAGGGACGUUCAGCAAGCAGACGACAUCCAGACUGGUCGCAGCCGGAGCCUGUGUGACCGCUGCGGCCGGAGCAGCUGCAGCCGCCGCCUUCUACUACCGCGGCCGUCCCGGGAUCAGGAGCCAUGUCGAGGCUCGACUCGUGCAUCUGGCGCUGCCGGCGGUUUCUGCCACCGAGAAGACGAGGAGCUUCGGGCUGGAUGAUGGAGACGUGUACAUGUCGUCCUAUGAGAACAGAUUCAGGCUGUUCAGCUCGGUGGAGUGUGACGGUCAGCUCUACAUGACGCCGCUAAACUUCAUCGAGUCCGUCACUCUGAACGAACCAAAGAGCAGAAGAGUGUGGAAGUCGCUCACAAAAAAGGAAUUAGACAAGAUGCUGGCUGAUACUCCGCCUGUUUGGAAAGGAUCAUCUAAUUUGUUUAGAAAUCUUCGUGAACGAGGUGUCAUCAGUUACACUGAGUACCUCUUCCUGCUCUGCAUUUUAACAAAGCCCCAUGCUGGCUUUAGGAUCGCUUUCAACAUGUUUGAUGCAGAUGGGAAUGAAAUGGUGGACAAAAGGGAGUUUUUAGUGCUGGAAGAAAUUUUCCGCAAGAAAAAGGACAGAAAAGAAGUUGCUGAAGAUAUGCAAAGACUGGAUCAGCAAAGCCUGCAGCUUUACGGCCAUCACACACCCCAGCCACACAGUGUUCUUAAAAAAGACGGUCAGCAUGUGGAGGCACGAGGCAUGUGGGAUGUUCUCAGACGUGGCACAAGUCAAGUUCUGUUUUCUGAUCUCACCGAGAAUGUGGACGAAAAAACAGAGACGACGCUGUUGGUGCAUUUCUUUGGAAAAAAAGGCAAAGCUGAGUUGAAAUUUGAAGAUUUUUACAAGUUCAUGGACAACCUGCAGACAGAGGUGCUUGAGAUAGAGUUCCUCUCUUACUCCAAAGGCAUGCCCACCAUCAGCGAGGAGGACUUUGCUCGGAUCCUCCUUCGCUACACCAACGUGGACGACGUCACCGGGUAUUUGGAGAACGUGCGUCACAGCAUACCAGAUGAAAAGGGAAUCACCUUCGAAGAGUUCAGGUCCUUCUUCCAGUUCCUGAACAACCUGGAAGAUUUUGCCAUUGCCAUGCAAAUGUACAACUUUGCCAACCGCUCCAUUGGUCAAGAGGAGUUUACCCGAGCCGUCUACGUGGCCACGGGCAUCAAACUGACCCACCACCUGGUCAACACCGUCUUCAAGAUCUUUGACGAGGAUCACGACGGUAAACUCAGCCACAAGGAGUUCAUCGGCGUCAUGAAGGACCGGCUGCACCGUGGCGAGGGGGGAAUGAGGGUGGAGGAGAAGUUUGUCUCUUUCAAGUCCUGCAUGAAGAAGGAGCUUUCGGGCAAAUAGGUGAAGACUCCAGCUCCAGUGCAUGUCCUACCGACUGGACGAGCUUCUCCUCUUAAGCAGUCUUCAUCGGGACAGAAGGGUUCAUGCAUGCUGCAGCAUCUUUGUUAAAAUAAACAGGAUGUGGCACAAACAGGAUGUGGUCAGGCUAAUGGAAAUGUGCUGCAAGCAGUCGAACAAACACAAAUGACCCAAGAUGAACCAGAAAAUCCAUUUAACUCAAUGCUACAGGGCUCUGGAUUGCACUGAUUAGUUUGUCUGAAUGCUAUUUAUUGUUAUUUAUUAAUCUCAAAAUCUAAGCUUGUCUUUUUGUUUUGCAUGUUUAGUCCCUUUAUCGGUUCUGCAGCCUCCUGCACACAUCGACUCAGGACAGCACCUCCCCCCUCUUAUUUCAUCUCAAAGCGCUGCAGCUAAAAUCCUUCAGGCCUGAACACACUCGCUCCGUCUCCGGCUUUUCCACUGUUUAACUACAGGCAGCUAACAGUGUUAAUCAUUUCUUGGCUCGGACUGAAGAGAAGCGCUGCUAUGCCACUGCAGGGAUGACCUCCAUACGAAUAAAUAUGCAAAAUAUCGAAGCCAUAUGUUGUUUGACUCUUGGGGCGCCCGGCUUCAGUUAUCAUUGGUUUUAACAGGAACAAAACUUUAAAAUGACCUUUAAUGAAAAGAAGAGCUUGUACUUUUGAGUGACGGUUCUUAUAAUGUUCACUUAUAAAGUAUACUUAUAAAGUUCACUUUGGGUGCACUGAAUGCUUCAGAUAUCAACAUGCUUUAAUAUUAACCAGGCCAGAUUACUUUCUGUUUGACUGUUAGAUUAGUUAGUCUACCUCAUUCUUUUAAACCAGGCCUCGACUGUUACACUGUUAGAUGCAUUUCUAAUGAUACGGUACAAUAAAUAUAAGAACAAAC